AUGCAGAUGCAUAUCGUAUAUUGCAUAUCGCAUAUUGCAUAUUGCAUAUUGCAUAUUGCAUAUCGCAUAUUGCAUAUUGCAUAUUGCAUAUCGCAUAUUGCAUAUCGCAUAUUGCAUAUCGCAUAUUGCAUAUUGCAUAUCGCAUAUUGCAUAUCGCAUGUCGCAUAUUGCAUAUCGCAUAUCCCAUAUCGCUGCAUAUGGCAUAUCGCACGCAUAUCACAUACCGCAUAUCGCAUACCGCAAAUUACAUAUCGCUGCAUAUCGCAUAUCGCUGCAUAUCGCUGCAUAUUGCAUAUCACAUAUACAUAUAUGUACAUAUAUGCACAUAUAUGA